CAAAGAUGGCGGCGGCGGUGAACUGUGCAGUUUCUCGUCUGAUUUUUCUGUUUUCUGUUUUUACUUCGUCUCAGAGUUUGUUCAGCGGCGGAGAAACGUACGAAAGAAAGUUGUCAGUAGAGUUGAACCCCGGCUCGCCCUCGGCACCUCCUGGUGGCGACCUGCUGCACGUGAGAGCCGUGGGAGGCAAUGAUACAUUGCACUUCCUAUUCUGCAGCCAGGGGGCGCCGACGCUGCUGCUUGUCCACACGAACUCUUCUUCUUCCACUGUCAAGGUGAACUGGCCUCUGUUUGUGGCUCGUAACACCAGCGGCAGCCUGAGGGUGGAGCCGGAGAGCAGCAUCCUGUAUAGCACGGCCGUCGUCCUCAGCAGGUUGUUGGAGUACGAUGACGUCAACGACACUGCUGAUCCGACCUCUGACCUUUUCCCCGCGUACAAGCUGCAGGACUUCACCUGGUCUCGUCUCAACCUCUCUGGUCCAACCGCUCUGCUCUGUGGAUCGGCCGUAAACUUCACCAACGGAUCACUCUGCCUGCAGUUGUCAGUAUUUGGGUCCGAGGGGCGUGGUCAGUUCUGGCCCCGCCUCAUACACACAGCUAACUCCUCCCAACUGGGGGUGUGGCUUGACGGUGUGUUGCCACGGGCAGCUCGUUCCAGGUUCCUAUUGGAGCUGCAGGCAACGGGCGGGGCUUAUCCUCUGAGCAGAGUGGAGGUUCAUCGAUCGAUCGAUGACGAGUAUACGCCGUCAAUAUUCAAGGUGUCUCAGUGGGUUUCGUCGGCAAACAGCAGCUCUGAUGUUCUGGGUUUCAUUCAGUGGAAGCCGGUGGCGUACCGUCAGUCUAAUCCAGCUCUGGAGAACGCCACACCGUGCCGUCACUCCGACCCCCGGCCUCAGACCGGCGAGACAACAGCGGCAUCGUCUGGUCUGAUCCGAGCGUUUUACUCAAAACCAGACAUAUUCGGACUCAACGUGAGCUUCGGCUUCCCAGGAGAACCGUUCUACAACAGCACCAAGUUCCUCAGCUGGACGGUGUUGAUGGGUGUGGGCUCUCCUCCUGUCGACUCGUUCUCUUCACUGGUUGUCACCAUCAUGGCGGUCGGUCUGGGAACUCCCGUGAUCCUCUUGCUGCUGGGCGGAAUCUGGGUCUGCAUACGCAAGAGGGCGGCAGACUCGACGACAGCCUAUGAGCCAAUCAACUGACGGCUGAGUCUCAGCCAAUGAGAGAGAGUUUUAAAUUUUUAAUUUGUUUUUAAAGACUUGCUGAUUUUGUUGGACAGAUGACAUCACCAUCCCGAAGGUCCGCCUCUUACUGUUAAGUCAGCCAAUCAGAACCAAGGAUGCUUUUUGAAGACUCUUGUUUUCUGUACCUGUUCACCAGUUUUUCUGUUUUUAACAGUGAAGAAAACUGCCGUCUGAUCAAUUCGAGUAUCCAGUUUCUACCUGUUGAAGCUGAUCGAGCUGAGUUUUGGUUCAGUAAUUAAUACUGAUCAUUUUACGUUUCUAAUCAUUGAAUCCAAUCAUCAAGUCUUGAUUUGAAGCCACUGAAUAUUUUUUCAGGGCUAAAUAUUUUUUUAAAAAAGAGAGAUUUCUUUAAAAAAAAAAUCAAAAAAAAAAAUCUACUGACUGUUGAUGGACAGAUGACGUCACUCUCCUGAAGACCUACCCCUGAUGGUCCAGUCUGCCAAUCAGGAGAACCCAGAAGAGUUUAUCAAAAAAUGAUUAUUAAUCACUAUGGCUGGGUGACGCCUUCAGAUGUUUUGCUUUGCCCAAAAAACAGUCUAUAACACAAAGAGAUCGAGUUUACAGUAAAAAACUGAAAAUAUUCAUA